GCCGCACAGCCAGUGUAGAAGGGCUUGUCUGGCGGCGGAAGAGUCUGGCGCUUUCCUGAUUAGGAGGGCUCCGUGUGGAAGAGGAAUGGAGUCUGCAGCCUUUUGGUGCAUGGGAUAACGCUGCAAUCAACUGAGCUCCUGGCCAGGGUGAUGAAUCGGACAAAAGGUGAUGAGGAGGAAUAUUGGAACAGCUCCAAGUUCAAGGCUUUCACUUUUGAUGAUGAAGAUGAUGAGCUCUCACAGUUAAAGGAGUCCAAGCGCGCAGUGAAUAGCCUCCGAGACUUCGUGGAUGACGACGAUGACGAUGACCUGGAGAGAGUCAGCUGGAGCGGGGAACCUGUGGGCAGUAUCUCAUGGUCCAUCAAAGAGACUGCUGGGAAUAGUGGGUCAAACCAGGAGGGGCGAGAACAGCUAAAGAGCCGAAACAGCUUCUCCUCCUAUGCACAGUUACCCAAACCUACUUCUACCUACUCCCUCAGCAGCCUUUUUAGAGGGAGAACGAGACUUGGAAGUUUCCAGUCCCUUUCUGAUGCUCUUUCGGACAUUCCUGCCAAAAGCUACGCUCCAGAGCUGGGGAGACCGAAGGGGGAGUACAGGGACUACAGCAAUGACUGGAGCCCCAGUGACACGGUGCGACGCCUUCGCAAGGGCAAGGUCUGCUCACUAGAAAGAUUCCGCUCCUUACAGGACAAGCUACAACUCCUGGAAGAAGCAGUAACCGUGCACGAUGGAAAUGUCAUUACUGCAGUUUUGAUAUUUCUGAAGAGGACGUUGAGCAAAGAGAUCCUCUUCCGAGAGCUGGAGGUGCGGCAGGUCGCCCUGAGACAUCUCAUUCACUUCCUUAAGGAAAUAGGGGAUCAAAAGCUGCUUUUAGACCUCUUCAGGUUCCUAGAUAGAACAGAAGAGCUUGCGCUGUCCCAAUAUCGAGAGCACUUGAACAUUCAAGACCCUGAGAAACGAAAAGAAUUUCUGAAGACCUGCAUUGGUUUGCCAUUUUCAGCGGAAGAUUCUGCACACAUACAAGACCAUUACACACUCCUGGAACGUCAGAUCAUUAUUGAGGCAAAUGACCGCCAUCUAGAGUUAGCAGGACAGACCGAGAUCUUCCGGAAGCACCCCCGCAAAGCCUCCAUCCUCAACAUGCCGCUGGUGACGACACUUUUCUACUCCUGCUUCUACCACUACUCAGAGGCUGAGGGGACAUUCAGCAGUCCAGUCAACCUGAAGAAGACAUUUAAGAUCCCAGAUAAACAGUAUGUGCUGACUGCCCUGGCUGCUCGCGCCAAGCUCCGAGCCUGGCAUGACGUGGACGCCCUCUUCACCACAAAGAACUGGCUGGGCUACACCAAGAAGCGAGCACCCAUCGGCUUCCAUCGGGUUGUGGAAAUUCUGCACAAGAACAACGCCCCCGUCCAGAUACUACAGGAGUAUGUCAACCUAGUGGAAGAUGUGGAUACAAAGUUGAACUUAGCUAUCAAGUUCAAGUGCCAUGAUGUCGUCAUUGAUACUUGCCGGGACCUGAAGGAUCGUCAGCAGUUGCUGGCAUACAGGACUAAGGUGGAUAAAGGGUCUGCGGAGGAGGAGAAGAUUGACGCCGCUCUCAGCAGCUCGCAAAUUCGAUGGAAGAAUUAGGUGGCAUCAGCUACCCUGAAACCUGCAUCGUGUCUUCCUAUUCUGCCCAUGAGAGUGGAGCGCACUUUUCUUUAGGAGAGUUACAGCAUCACGUUGCUUGGGCCCUUCAUCAACAGGCCACACCUGCUACUCCUGGGACGGACACCAGCACCUGGGCACAGAAAGCUUCUGACCGGUCCUCUGUCCAGGGGCCAUCAUCUCAGGGCCAAGAUCUAAAGCUUCGACUCAUGAGAAAGAUUCUCUCCACCUGGUGCUUACAUGAAGGUGGGAGUCACUUCUAGACUGGGCCUGUGGUGGGCAAGAUCCCUCUCGGUCUGAGAAAAGUGACUGCUCUGCCACAGAAGUCUAGACUAAGAGAUGCAGGUGUCAUAGGCUGACCACUCAGUUCCUCUCAGCUGAUGAUGGCCCUGGACUUGAUGCUGGACAUUGGCAGUUCUGCUGUGAGUGAUGUCAGAACAGAACCAAAAUGGCUUUCUCCCUGGGACCUCAGGAAGGGGUGCCAGUGUUGCCAGCACCUGCUGGAGGUGCCCCCGCACCAGACUGCACGAACCUUCCACAAUGACAGAUGGCCUGGGCAUUGUUUCUCGGGCCAGCGUCCCCCUGCUGCCCCAGUCUAGCCUCUGUCAAAAACUGCAGGCAAAUGGCCUUGUGUGGGUGAUGCAAACAGCCCCAUUGUCUUCUACUCCUCCCGCCCCAGACCAUGAACUUGCAGGAGCUUAGAUUCAGCAGUACUGGAGCUCUCCCUUUAUGCACAGAUCUCAUUAUUUCACUAGGAGAUUCCAGAAGUUUCACCAGGGCCGAACUCAGCGGCAUUGCCAACCGUUAGGAUGUUAAGAUGGAGGCUUUAGUUUCACACUUGGUUUUUAAGAAGAUGUUCUGUAAUGCAAGAUUCCCGCUCCGUACCAACAUCAGCCUCUCCUCUGUGACUGAACUGGGUUUCCCCAGACAUGCUGAGACUCCUAAUAAAGCUGUUUCUUCCUUGGUGCCUUCCUUUUCCCUCCGGUGGUUUUCUGUAAAACAAAUAAAUGAUUGCCCGGUCUCUUGGGAUCACUACGGA